AUGGCCGAAUCGGAUGACAAAUUUUUGGCCGCGGUUCCUGCCGACAAAUCGGGAAGAAUGACGCCAGAUCAGAUCUUGAAUUUUUUUGGUGAGUGUUUACAUUAAAUCUGUGUACUACAUAUCUACAUAUACUAUAAGUCUGUAGGGAAAAUUAUGAACUCCAGGGGGAUGUUUCACUUACAAAAAGGGCACUAACUCGAGUUAGCGGCAUCACAGAAAAAGCGGAGAGAGCAGAGAAAAAGAGGAGUGGUAACUCGAGUGACCUGACUUUUUAUCGACUUUGGCCGCACAUUUUGGGCCAUAACUUUUGAUACAGUGGACCAAUUUGCGCCAUUUCCAAAAAAUCAUGAAUGCUGGUGGUACACAGAAUACAUGGAUAUAAAUUUGUAAAUUUUUCUUCUAAAUUAUGCAAAUUAUAUGCAAAUUUUUUUCUUGGUAUCUUAAAGCUCGUCUUUUAUUAAAACCUUUAUAUGAAAAUGUGUGCACGUGAAACAUCCCCCAGUCAAAGCAAAAGUCGUAUCGCAGCCAAGACAGUGAAUUGUGUCGCGACAAAAUCAAGUUCACUUCAGUAACGCGAUCGGCGCAACAACAUUGUGCUCAUUAUUUCCCCGACAGAAUGAUGCAAAAAAAUUGCAAGACAACCAAAAAUUUUUUCGCUAUAGAAGGGUUUCGCUACAUGGGGGUUCAGCUUGGCCUAUGAAGUACUAUAUAUUUAACGCGCUGGAUUUUUUGUCGAGGCGGCUUCGUUUCUAAAGAUUUGCUUGACAUACAAUCCCACAGAACUUAUUGCCCCUAGGACACAUUUAAACUGCCAAAAAUCAUCUUUUUUUCAGGUCCAAGAAAUAACUUUCUACUGGCAGUCUUCAUAGUGAUGUCAGUGAUCUGGGGACUCGUUGUAAUGCCAAUUUUGGCCAGCGCUUUCUUCUUAGGGAAGGUGUGCACAACGGCGGAGACAAAUUGCACUGGAACUCAGGGAACAGUGGCGUUUGAGGUGAGUUUAAGUUUUCAUAAAAUACAGACCGAAAAAAUGGCUCCUAGCCGGGCUUAGACAUGGCUCCCGGGGCGGGCCGGCGUUUCGGCCCGGCCCGGAAUAUUUAAAAUCCAGAAUCUCGAAGUGAAAAUUGGGUUUGAUAAUGAAAAUAAAUGCGAUGUCAAGACACAAUUGGUUUUUUUUAAAGGUUUUUUUGUUUUUAGAUAGCUAUGGAACACAGUAUUUAUCCAUUUACAUGAUGAUAGAAAGAAAUUUGGUCAUAAGGAGUUAGACUUGGGGAGACUUUUGUUUCAAUGAGCCGGCCCAGGCCGGGCCGAAACAAAUUUAAAACGUGCCGGGCCGACGGAAAAUUUGAAACGGGCCGGGCCGGCCGGAACCCUUCAGGCCGACGGGCCAGGCCGAGAUUUUGGGCCCGGGCCGGCCGACGAGCCAUGUCUAGCCGGGCCGACGCACGUCAAGCUGAGACAAGCUAAAACGGUCCGGUAAAUGGAUUAACAAUUUGCCAAAAGAGACGCGAAAAAACGUUUUGUCGGCGAAGAAAUGGGGAAUUUUUGUGGCGAGAGAGUACGUUUUUGCGCGUCUUUUUCUCUGUCUUCUCCACCAAAUCAAGACGAAGUGUAAAAAACGGAUCGCGAAGGGCCUAUUCCGGUCACCGGACUCCUCAGUUUGACGUGCGACGGCCUUAUCCCCGCUUUCCGGUUGGCAGAAAAUUCCAAAACAAAAAGAUUCGUUGUUCUUGCAGUUUGAUCUUAACAAUGAGCGUGCAUACUUGGCGGAUCUCACAACUACAGCGUUCUUGGUUGGAAAUGUCGUUGGAGCCAGUACGAUGGCAAGGUUGUCGGACAGGUAAAUUAAGCUCUUUUUUGCACACGGAAAACGCUCGACCGCCGAUUCAGCUACACGUACCGUGGGGGAGCUGAUCCAGUGGCAAACAACGCACCAUUUUGCAUCCGGGAAGUGUCAAAAAUGUGGCAAAAUGCUCCCCACUCCGGGUGAAAAAACUUCGUUUUGAAGGGUGCGCCCUUUUUCUUCGCAAAAAAGAGCGGGCGCGCUUUUGAAAUCUGAGUUUUUUCACUUGGAGAGGGAGGCAUUUUGCCACAUUUUUGACACUUUCCGGAUGCAAAAUGGUACGUUCUUUGCCACUGGAUCAGGUCCGUAACUGUACACAAGAUACGAAAAAACUUUUGCCCAUUUUUCAGCUUUGGCCGUCGCCCAACCUUGGUCAUCUCCUUGCUGCUGAUGGGUCUCAGCGGAUCCCUCAGCGCCCUCUCGCCCAAUAUUUAUUUCUUCGCCGUAUGUCGCCUAAUUCAAGGCUAUUUCUUCGCCGGUUGCAUAAUUCUGAACUGGGUUCUGUCCUACGAAUGCUGUCCCUAUCUUCUCCGGCCCUAUUGCCCAUUGGUUUUUGGGAUGACUUGGGUCGUGGGCUACUGUAUUUUGGCUCCGUUGGACUUUUGGCUACAGAAUUGGCGACCUUUCAUGGUCGCGCUCUCAUUGCCUUCGGCGUUUUACGCGGUUGGAGUGCAGGUGUGGGCGCCGGAAAGUUUUCAUUUCAGUGUGGUGAAUGGGAGAAAGGAGCAGGUAAGGAGUCUUUUUUUCGGAAAAAUUUAGCACGUUUUACAAGCUAAAAUUAACAAGGGAGGUACCCCAAUUGCGACGCUCAAACUCCGACGAAAUUAAGCACAAAUUUAGCACAUUUUUUCUAAAAAACAGCGAAAUCGAUUUGCAGAAAAAACCGAAUUUUUAGGCCAACUUUAUUAGCCAGAUUUUGGGAAAUUCCGGCAUGAAUGGUAUGGUCAAGUUGACGAAUCCAAACUUUUCGUUACUUUCAGAUUUUGUCUGUAGGAAUACGUGUGUACACGAAUCGGUUCCCGGCGUAUUUUACACUCAAUUUUGCAGGCAAUCGAAUUCAUCAAGAGAGCCAACAAAUCGUCCGAAAACAAGUUGGAUCUCUCCGAAUUGGACCAUCUGUUUGAGGAGGAACUUGGCGGCGAUGAACAAAAAGGCAAUCAUGGAGUUGUCCAUGAACUGAAGAAACAGAAAAUUUUGAUCGUCUACGUUUUUGUUCUGGCCUAUUUGUGGACCUGCGACAUUUUCAUUUAUUAUGGAUUAUCGUUGUUUAGCACUGAGCUGGCUGGGAAUCGGUGAGUUGAAAAUUGAAUUUUUAGUCGAUUUUUGGUUUUUUAACCUAAUUUUGGAUUCUAGAGAAGAAAUUGCUGCUUAA